ACGGUGAGAGGAGGACAGGAGAGGACAGGAGAGGACAGGCCGUCCGGACCAACAGAAGACAAUGCCAGUGGAGAGAAUGAGGAUGAGGCCAUGGCUGGAGGAACAGAUCGACUCCUGUCAGAUACCAGGACUCAAAUGGGUGAACAAAGAGAAGAGAAUCUUCCAGAUCCCGUGGAUGCAUGCAGCGCGUCAUGGCUGGGACCUGGAGAAAGACGCUCCACUCUUCAUGAGAUGGGCCAUACAUACUGGUAAAUUCCAGCUCGGCACAGACCGUCCAGAUCCAAAGACGUGGAAGGCUAACUUCCGCUGUGCCAUGAACAGCCUGCCGGACAUCGAGGAGGUGAAGGAUAAAAGCAUCAAAAAGGGAACGAAUGCCUUCAGAGUCUAUAAGAUGCUCUCCUCAUCGGAGAGAAGCAUGAAGAAAGGAAAGAAGAAGACAGACAAGGAGGGGAAGCCAAAGGGAAAUAAAGAGGUAGCUUCUCCAUCUCAAGACAGGACCCCUCAUGACGCUCAUGUUGGACCUAUUGACUAUACCAAGCAGGGCGUCAAAAUGGAAGUGAUCAAAGAGGAACCGCUAGAGUUUACCAUGACGGACAGUGCCUCAGCCAUUGACAGUUCAGUAGAAGACCACAUGAUCACCAGUGAGCAGCUGCCAUUCGUCUGUCAGACGAUCGAAGUGACCACUGAGAACGAAGAGCAGACUGUGAGCUCCUCCCACUCGUACCCGCUCCAGAUCUCUCCUGUGUCUUCAUGCGGCGGGAGCGACACUGACAGUGACACAGAGGACAACAAAGACGGUGUCAGGAGCCGGGACUACAACACAACAGUUCUCAGGGUUCCCACAUGUUCUCUACCCGGCAUGGCCAGCUUCGUCACCACGAGCAAGCCCAACUUCAGGGUCACCAGCACGCGGGACCCGACCCCGCUCAUCAGCUACCACACCGACGGCUGGACACCAGACUACGGACAGAACUCUUUUGUGUCGGCGGCGGCCAGCCAAGCCCACGAGAUGCGCGCAAGCGUCAUCAUGAAAACCUCGGACGUGACUCCCUCCUGACCUCUGACCCCUGGACGAGGGAGUGUCAUCGCUGCUUCCAGGGCAUAGGAACGACGGAGAUACUUUGUUUUCUCCAUCGGGGGCCGCGUGGAGCCUGAACAGGGCGAGCUUCAAAACCUUUGAUAUUUUUGUAGCUUCUGUCUGGGCGAAGGAUUCUCUCAGUUUUCUGACUGGUGUUCUGCUAGACAUGCCCACUGACUGGUUGACCACUUUAUUAUCCUGUGCACGUUUGGAUGCAAGGUGUGAUGUAAAUGUCAUCAUCUUCCACGUCUGUGACGGUAGAAUCAUGUAUGUGGACAUGUGGAGUUCAUGGUCGCACCCGUUGUCCCGUCCACAUCUGUUGUUGAUUACAUCUGGCUUUUUAGACACCAUAAUCAGUCAUCUGAUAGAUUGUGUCCUCUGCUGCUUUGAGCUAACACUUAAACAUACAUUAUGCCAAAUGAAAGAAAUUAGACACUUUUAUCUAAUGAAAGAAAAUUGGCUUUUAUUUAUUCUCUGAGUCAGUAUUUCAAAAGGUUUGAAACUACAUCCUCACAUCCAUCCACUGUGUUGAUAUUUUUAGCCGUAACAGUCAAACUAUCAAUCAAACUAAUGGUUUCUCAUAGUUCAUCACAGGAAGUUAUUUUUUGUAUUUCAUUAAAUAAAAAAAUGUAAAAACUCCCCUCGUAAAAUUGCCAGAUUCAGCCCAGCGUCAUUAAAAUGUUCUCAACGUUAAGUAUUAGAACAGAUUGCCUGCCAUCUUAGAGUAGUGUAAGCUCAAGUGUAAGCAUGACACACGGCACUGGAUGCUUUACUGGCACACGGACGGAACAAAGGAACGAUCAUAACAAAGCAACCAACACUGUCGAUGAACCAGCUUUACCAGAAGAGAGUUUCAGGAAGAAUCAAAGGCAUGUUGUAUCUAGAUAAAGAUUGACAAUCAACGUGGAGCCCUGAUUGGCCCCUGCAGUGGAAAGCAGGCGCUUGUGUCUGUCUGGAGAACCUCAGGACAAUGUAACCCGCCAACACACACAGACAGACGAACAGACUCGCUGACAAGACGGACUGACAGACUGUGAACCUGCAUCCACCAGUUCUCCCUGGCCUCCUGGCGUCAAUAAUGUACAUAGCUUGUAUGUAUUUAUGCCCGCAAGCCGCUUCAGCACCUUACGGACAGCACUAGUGUGUGUGUGUGUGUGUGUGUGUGUGUGUGUGUGUGUGUGUGUGUGUGUGUGUGUGUGUGUGUGUGUGUGUGUGUGUGUGUGUG